CUGUGAAUAUUGCAGUCUCAUAUUGCAGCAUAUCUGUGUGCAACACUUCUACACCUGCUCUGUGCGUGCUAACAAUUCUAGGAGGUUGAAAUGUAUUACGUGUUGUUGAUAAUGAAAGGACUCUUUGGAUUGGUCGCUGCAAGUCGAGACUGCCUCGUGCAUGACGUAGGGGGCGCCAAAGGAACUACAAAAACGCCUUCGGUCUUCGUCAGGAACAGCGCAGUUCUCAGCAUCUUCUAUGGCGAAGGAAUCCCCUCCAGGACGUCUACAGAUGGUGAUACAGCAUUCGAGGUCCAUCUUCAGACGGGAAACAAAACCUUCAUAUUGGCUUUUGGUGAACUCAGAUUACAGGUGUCGCAGCAGGGACACGGAAGCGAUGAAACACGGGACUAUGGCGACGCUGCUUUCCCUCUGGAUUUGCGUAGGGGUGCAUGGCAGAUGAUCGGCGUGGGCGUGGCGGGCGGUUGGCUGACCGUCAUGGAUCCGCUCUUGCCUGACUUCGUUUUCCAGCGACAUCUCGGCGACGCGGCGGGGGGAGCGACGAGGCUGCACGUCGUAAGCCAAAUGCAGCUAGCGGUCAUCUUCAACUGUGAAGCGGGAUGCCCCGUGCUCACAAGCCCCUCGUUAACGGCGCAGUAUCUUCAAGUUGCGUCCAGCCGAGCGCUCUAUGUUUUCCCGCUUACCAUUCGUUACGUAGUUUCACUUGAGGUGGAGGUGGCGAGGGCAGAAGGCGGAGGGGGGGAGGUGGAGAGGCUGCGGCUGGAGGUGCAUCGAGGGGGCAUGGCUCGCCUCAAGGAGUGGAACAAAGUGCAGGUCCUGCUUGAGCCAGGGAGCCACGAGAACCUGGUGAUUUUGGAGAUAAACGGGGAAGUAACCUCGAGCGACGCUGUUCGUGGCAGUCUGGAAAAUGUUCACGUGUCACUAACGGAAAUCCGCGAUGCUGAGCUUGCUGCGCGCUGUAGACCCGCCAGUCCUCGGAAAGAAAUGGCUGGUACCGUACCUAUCUCCUCCUGCUCAUGGAACCUCGUGCUUAGCUUGAUAGCAGUGUCUGCUCUGCUGUCCUUUCUCUUGUUCAUCACCUGCUGCCUCCUCUGCUGGAAAAGCAGAGUUAACAAUGACAAAAGCGCUGUAAAACAUAUGAUAAGAAAGACACAUCCAUUGCGUGAAGAACGCAAAGUCACGUCUUACCAUCACUACGAAGAGGCAGAGAGUGUCGAAGCCGUGUUCCGAUCCCGUCCUUUGUGUUCCGUCCCCGAAGAGAGCACGUCCGAACCCCCUGACGUGGACUUGGCCGUGGGUGGAGAACAGCUGUACCAGAACAUACCAAGGCCUUACAAGAGAUAGAGGGAACACGAGCACAAGAGUGUGUUUUAUUUUCAUCAGGUUGAAGAAAGUUAUUGCUGGUUUUGAUUGUUUUGAACGUUUAUGACUCGACAAUAAGAAAAUGAUUUCUACUGUUACCGAAUCUGAUACUACCAACAUUCUACUGCUACCAAUACUAACACUGCUAUUACUACUACUACUACUACUGCUACUACUACUAA